CGGAGGAGGAGGAGUCUCUCUCUCUCUUUCUCUCUCUUUCUCUCUCUCUCUCUGAUUCUCUCUCUCUCUCCAUUGCACCAUGUCUUUCUCCACUAAAAGAGGACAUGCGGUGUGUGCUGGAGUGCGUGAGUGUGCGUAUGUUGGUCGUGCAUGUGUGUGAGUGUUUGCAGCUGUGGGACAAAGACAACUUACACACACACACACACACACACGCGCGCACGCCUCCCUGCAGACAUGCCUGUGUUCAGUGGCCUGUUGAAGGUGCGAGUGUGUGAGGCGGUGGACUUGAAGCCCACCCCAUGGGCCCUGCGUCACGCUGUGGGGAAGAGCGGCUCCUUCCUGCUGGACCCCUACCUGGCCUUAAACCUGGACCAGACCCGGCUGGGCCAGACCGCCACCAGGACCAAGACCAACAGUCCCGCCUGGCACCAGGAGUUCUGCACCGAGGUCCGCGAGGGAAGGAGCCUGGAGCUCUCCGUUUUCCACGAUGCCCCCAUUGGGUACGAUGACUUUGUGGCCAACUGCACCAUCCAGCUGGAGGACCUGCUGCAGAACGGGACCCGGCACUAUGAGGACUGGAUUGACUUGGAGCCGGAGGGGAAGGUGUACGUGGUCAUCGAUCUGUCGGGAUCGUCCACUGAGGCCUCGGGUACCAAUGAGAAUGAGGAGCGUGUGUUCCGCGAGAGGAUCGGCCCUCGCCGGCGACAGGGCGCCGUUCGACGGCGCGUCCAUCAAGUCAACGGGCACAAGUUCAUGGCCACCUACCUGAGACAGCCGACCUACUGCUCACAUUGCAGAGAUUUUAUCUGGGGCGUGCUGGGGAAGCAGGGAUACCAGUGUCAGGUGUGCACGUGUGUCGUCCACAAGCGCUGCCAUGAGCUCAUCAUCACAAAGUGUGCCGGGAUGAAGAAGCAGGAGGACACGCCCGAAGAGGUGGGCUCGCAGCGGUUCAGUGUUAAUAUGCCACACAAGUUCAGUAUUCAUAACUACAAAGUUCCCACCUUCUGCGACCACUGUGGCUCCCUGCUGUGGGGUCUCAUGAGGCAGGGCCUGCAGUGCAAAGUGUGUAAGAUGAAUGUGCACCGGCGUUGUGAAUCCAAUGUAGCUCCUAACUGUGGCGUGGACGCCCGAGGUAUCGCUAAGGUCCUGUCGGACAUGGGGGUCACGCCGGAUAAGAUCUCCAACACAGCACAGCGCAGGAGGAAGCUGACUCCAGGGCAGGACCCUCCCCAGUCUCCUCCUGAGCUCUCCCAGACCGAGGAGAACAGCUUCAGCCAGCCAGCUGUCCCCACCUCCCCCUCACAGCAGGACUUGGCAGAGCUCGAUCGCCUGCAGGACGCACUGUCACUCGACCAGCAGGGUCCCCAGCACUCCUCCUCGUCCUCCACGUCCUCCUCCUCCACCACCUCCUCCUCCCUGUCCUCCUCCUCAGCGGGCAGGGAGAACGGACAGAGCCAGAGGAGGAGCCUCAAGGACUUCAAUUUCAUCAAGGUUCUCGGAAAAGGCAGCUUUGGCAAGGUAAUGUUGGCGGAGCUGAAAGGAACGGAGGAGGUUUACGCCGUCAAAGUCCUGAAGAAGGACGUCAUUCUGCAGGACGAUGACGUGGACUGCACUAUGACCGAGAAGCGCAUCCUGGCCCUCGCCCGCCGCCACCCCUACCUCACCCAGCUUUACUGUUGCUUCCAGACACGGGACCGCUUGUUCUUUGUCAUGGAAUAUGUGAAUGGAGGAGAUCUGAUGUUCCAGAUUCAACGAUCCAGGAAGUUUGAUGAGCCUCGCUCUCGUUUCUACGCCGCUGAAGUCACUUCGGCCCUGAUGUUUCUGCACCGUAACGGAGUCAUCUACAGAGAUCUGAAGCUGGAUAACAUCCUCCUGGAUGCAGAGGGACACUGUAAGCUGGCAGACUUCGGUAUGUGUAAAGAGGGCAUCAUGAACGGAGUCACCACCACGACGUUCUGUGGCACGCCUGACUACAUCGCCCCCGAGAUCUUGCAGGAGCUUGAGUACGGCGCCUCGGUGGACUGGUGGGCCCUGGGGGUGCUGAUGUAUGAGAUGAUGGCCGGACAGCCGCCGUUCGAAGCCGACAACGAAGACGAUCUGUUCGAGUCGAUCCUCCACGACGACGUCCUCUACCCCGUGUGGCUCAGCAAAGAGGCCGUCUCCAUCCUGCGAGCGUUCAUGACCAAGAACCCGGCCAAGCGGCUGGGCUGCGUGGUGAGCCAGGGCUGCGAGGAGGCCAUCAAGACCCACGCCUUCUUCAGAGAGAUCGACUGGACCCUGCUGGAGCAGAGAAAAGUCAAACCGCCCUUUAAACCCCGAAUUAAGACCAAGCGAGAUGUGAAUAACUUUGAUCAGGACUUCACCAAGGAGGACCCCGUACUGACGCCCACGGACGAGGCCAUUAUCCGACAGAUCAACCAGGAGGAGUUCAAGGACUUCUCCUACUGCGCCCCCGAGGAGACACAGACCUAA